CCCCCCGCCCGGGGUCGUCCGGGUGGACCCUGCAGUUUGUAGAGGGUCCCCAGGCGCUCGAUGCCCCCCGGAUGGAGUGCCCAGGCCGUCCCAACGCCCCUUCCUCCGGAUUCGACUCUGGGAGGGAAACCGCGGGCUCCCCGGUUGUUGGGGUGCCCUUCUCGGAACUUCCGAGUCCCCCCACUCCGGUCCCCGGUCCAGGCCAUCCACUGCCUGACCCGCCGACCGUGGAUGGGUGGCCACCAGGGCCCGGGAGAUGCUUGGCUCGGACUCAGAAAUCCUGAGAAAUCCUGAGAAGCGGCCUGGGCCCCAGAAAAGUUGGGAGUUGAUGGUAGAAUCGAUGAGGUGGAGAAGGGCAGAGUCGCGCAGGGCCAGUCAUGAGACUGAAGGAGAAUGCAACUGGCUUUUCUUCCUAGGCCUGCAGGAAUGGAAAAGGGGAAAAGUGGUUUAGGACAAGCCUCUUUGGGACUUUACUAUCCUGUAAAUCUGUUAGUCGAAGGUCGACAUAAGCAGAAGCCCUGAAUUGGGCAGUAAGAAGGAAUAAAAUGUAUUUAAGUAACAAAUACCACAGUCCUGGCUGCUUUGCUUCACUUCUUUGGGUUCUGAGUGUUUUCACUGCAUUCACAGAAUAUAGGGAAUGUGAUAGAGCAUUAUCUGGCCUGGUCCUGGGUUCUAGGAAGGCCAGAGACUAGGCAUGUGAGGAGAGAUGGAAAUUCAAGGAUGCAAGAGGCUUAUGUAGAGAUCAUUUAGGGACUGAAAGGACAGCACAAUGACAAAAAACUAAGAGGAGCAUCCUUACCUUUUUCCUCAGUAGCUAAUGGAGCUCUGAUCAUUGUGUUCCAGUAUCUAUAUGGCCUUUGGCAUGGUGAGGGAAGAAAAUAUAUUCAAUAAAACAGGAAAGCUUGUAUUUAGGAGGAAAUUAGUAUGAGAAGGAAUGAGCCAGUUGCUUUGGGAAUGAAGUACAAGGUUGUGUCAGAGGGAAAGCUGGUUCUGUCUAAGGCUCUAGCUUCUGAGCAACCAGCCUCUCUACUGACUUUUCAGACCAAGCUGUCAGAUUUUUUUUAGUUCUUUCGGUUUUGUCACGGUAACCAUGUUUGGGUCAAUGAAAGAAGAGAGGUCAUUCAUUGACUUGUCAUUGCUAUCCUUACCCUCAGCAGAGUGGAGUGGGUCUCCAUGUCCAUUCACUCUCACUCCCUAUCUAGGACUUGGAGACAUUCGGGUCAGUGGUAGUUUCUCCUGCAGAGCCUCUCUCUUGCAGGGAUGUCUUCGGCCAUCCAUCUUUUUCUCUUGCUGUCCACAGAUUAACCGUGCUGAAAAGGAGGCAACUUCAUAGGAGCUAAGAUGGGCAUGAGGAUCAAGCUGCAAAGCACCAACCACCCCAACAACCUGCUGAAGGAACUCAACAAGUGCCGGCUUUCAGAGACCAUGUGUGAUGUCACCAUUGUGGUGGGGAGCCGCUCCUUCCCAGCCCACAAGGCCGUGCUGGCCUGCGCAGCUGGUUACUUCCAGAACCUCUUCCUGAAUACUGGGCUUGAUGCUGCCAGGACAUAUGUGGUGGACUUUAUCACCCCUGCCAACUUUGAGAAGAUUUUGAGCUUUGUCUACACAUCAGAGCUCUUCACAGAUCUGAUUAACGUUGGAGUCAUCUAUGAGGUGGCUGAACGUCUGGGCAUGGAGGACCUCCUCCGGGCCUGCCACUCCACCUUUCCAGACCUGGAGAGUACUGCUGUGGCCAAGCCUCUGACCAGCACCAGUGAGAGCCACUCUGGUAUCCUGAGUUGUUCCUCAGCAGAACCUGCCCAUCCCCUGGGAGAACUCCGGGGUGGUGGGGAACACUUUGUUCCUGAUAGGAACUAUGUGUUGGCAAGUGAUGCUGGAGGAAGUUAUAAAGAGGAAGAGAGGAAUGUUGCCAGUGACACUAACCAUAACCCGCCUCUGCCACAGCCACCAUUGCCACCAAAGACAGAAGACCAUGAUGCCCCUGCACCGUUCACAUCUGUUCCUAGUCUGGUGUCCCAGCCAGUCCUAGGCACUGUCAGCACUGGCAUCCAGACCAGCUCAAGCUCCUGCCAGCCGUACAAAGUUCAAAACAAUGGAGACUUCAGUAAAAACAGCUUCUUCACCCCUGACAACGCAAUAGACAUUACCACUGGGACCAACUCCUGUCUGAGCAAUAGCGACCACUCUAAAGAUCCGGGCUUUGGGCAGAUGGAUGAGCUCCAGCUGGAGGACCUGGGAGAUGAUGAUUUGCAGUUUGAAGACCCCACCGAGGAGAUAGGCACAGCUGAGGAGGUGAUUGAGCUGAGUGAUGACAGUGAGGAGGAGCUGACUUUUGGAGAGAAUGAAAACCGGGAAAACAAGGCCAUGCCCUGCCAAGUAUGCAAGAAAGUUCUAGAGCCCAACAUUCAACUAAUCCGGCAGCAUGCUAGGGACCAUGUGGACCUGUUGACAGGCAACUGCAAGGUCUGUGAGACCCACUUCCAGGACCGAAAUUCCCGGGUGACCCACGUUCUAUCCCACAUUGGUAUUUUUCUCUUCUCUUGCGACAUGUGUGAAACUAAAUUCUUUACCCAGUGGCAACUGACCCUCCACCGACGGGAUGGGAUUUUUGAAAACAAUAUCAUUGUCCAUCCUAAUGAUCCCCUGCCUGGGAAGUUGGGUCUCUUUUCUGGAGCAACCUCCCCAGAAUUAAAAUGUGCUGCGUGUGGGAAGGCAUUGGCCAAAGAUUUCCAUAUAGUCCGAGGCCACAUCCUCGAUCACCUAAACUUGAAGGGCCAGGCUUGCAGUGUCUGUGACCAGCGCCAUCUCAACCUCUGCAGCCUCAUGUGGCACACACUCUCUCAUCUUGGCAUUUCAGUCUUCUCCUGCUCUGUCUGUGCCAACAGUUUUGUGGACUGGCAUCUCCUUGAGAAGCACAUGGCUGUUCACCAAAGCCUGGAGGAUACCCUCUUCCGCUGCCACCUGUGCAGCCAGAGCUUCAAGUCAGAGGCUGCCUAUCGCUACCACGUCAGCCAGCACAAGUGCAACAGUGGCCUUGACGUGCGGCCUGGUUUUGGGCUACAGCACCCAGUUCUGCAGAAGCGGAAGCUGCCAGCAGAGGAGUUUUUGAGUGAGGAGCUGGCCUUGCAGGGCCAACCUGGGAACAGCAAGUAUAGCUGCAAGGUCUGUGGCAAAAGGUUUGCCCACACUAGUGAGUUCAACUACCACCGGCGGAUCCACACAGGGGAGAAGCCAUACCAGUGUAAGGUAUGCCACAAGUUCUUCCGAGGCCGCUCAACUAUCAAGUGCCACCUCAAGACGCACUCGGGUGCCCUCAUGUACCGCUGCACAGUCUGUGGCCACUACAGUUCUACCCUUAACCUCAUGAGCAAGCAUGUCGGUGUGCAUAAAGGUAGCCUCCCACCCGACUUCACCAUUGAGCAGACCUUCAUGUACAUUAUCCAUUCCAAAGAGGCGGAAAAGAACCCAGACAGCUGACUGGGUCCCAGUAGAGCCAGAGGGAGUGCCCAAGGGGCAGCCAGGAUAUUGAUUUUCUAAUGACUUUCAGUCCACCCCAGCUGAAGUUACAAUUUUGCCUUGCUAGGAAUUCUGUUCUGUGUUGUGUUUAAAGAAGAAAAAAGAAGAAAUAGCACAUGAGCUGUUACUGUUUUUGAAAAGCAACAGCCUGAUUGCAUUUACCUCCAUACCUGUUCUUGCCCAUGAGGGCUGUGUUUUUGAUUCUUUUGAGGCUGGCUUUGGGAUCUAGUUAAGCAGUUGAUGUCUACUAAAUCCGCUUUCCCAGCCUCUCUAGUUUUAGUUUACUCAUAGGUUUUAUGCUGCUAAGAAUCCAACCAACAGCCUCACUGUAUAGAGGAGGUAGAGAGAGGUUUUCACUGUGGGUGUUGCCGUCAGACCUCCAAUGGGGACAACCAGCUGUGAGAAAGAUUUUGGGAAUGUGGUCAGCAGGACAGCUCACCUCGGGGGCCCGUGCCAGCCCUCAGCAGGGAAAGAUGUCAGGGAUGGAG